AUUGAUAAUUUCUGAACAUCAGUAUAUUGUUGGUUUUUACCCCUUCAUAGGUACUUAUGUUUUAGUAUUAAGUUAUAACUUAAUGAUAAUAUUAAAAAUAUAUUUUCAAAUGUGUUAUGUCAGUAGAAGAAAUGGAUACCGUUCAGACAUCAUCUUCUGAAAAUAACGUAAAGCAAGUUUUGAAAUUAAAUAAAUACAAACCGACACAUUUUAGAAAUAUCUUUCAGCCUGAUAGAAUACUAGAAGGCUUACAAUCUCUACGCAAAAAUGGAGAUUUAUGUGAUAUUAGAUUUGAAACGGAUGAAUGGGUUGUUCACCUUUGGUCACAAAAAUGUUUUAAUUGCUGCUAGUCCAUAUUUCCGUGGAAAAUUCGAAUCACAAAACAUUUGUAAAACCGGCAACGACAGAGUAACUAUAAGUGAAUUAAAGUCUACUGUUUUACAAAUAUUAAUAAAUUAUAUUUAUAAGGGAGAAAUCGAAGUCACAAAAGAAAAUGUAGAGGAUUUGUUACCAGCCGCAAAACUCGUACAGUUAGAUUUUGUAUAUGUUACAUGCAUUGAAUUUUUACAAAAAAAGAUGGAUGGGUCAAACUGUCUUAGUAUCAGAACGAUCGCUAAUAAUUUUAACUAUCCGGAAUUGCUAGCAAUUUCUGAAACGUUUAUGAAAAAACAGUUUUUGGAAGUGGUUAAAACUGAAGAUUUUCUAUUAUUAUCUUAUGAUGAUUUGGUUGGAAUUAUCGCCUGUAAUGGCCUUGCUGUUCCAUGUGAAGAACAAAGUGUCGAGGUUUACAGGCCAAGUGAUGGAGUUUGGUCAUCUGUAGCUGAUAUGGAAAUAAGCCGAUUUCGUCUUGGAGUAGCUGUAUUAGAUGGGUUAUUAUAUGUUAUGGGCGGAGAAAUGGAAGAACCAGUUGUUUAUAAUACUGUAGAAAUAUACAACCCCAACAGCAAUACUUGGACUACAGAGAUCUUGUCAAGAAAUGGAGAACGAACUUAUAGUGGAGUAGUCAUUGAUAGACCACACCAUUUUCUUUAAUCAGCUUACAGAAGUACUCAUUGUUAGAAGUAAUAUGACCAGUACAUUUUUGUAUAAAUAUAACACAUGACAUGUAUUGUUUUUUGAAUAUUUGAAGAGAAUGGU